GCGUCCCGCGCGGCGGGGCGGGGCCGGGGCGGGGCCAGGCUAGGCUGCACCGGGCUAGGCAAGAUGGCGGCUAUGGAGGCUGAGACGGCAAUGACGAUGACCCUGGAGUCGCUGCCUACAGAUCCGCUGCUUCUUAUCUUAUCCUUCUUGGACUACCGGGACCUAAUCAACUGUUGCUAUGUGAGUCGAAGACUUAGCCAGCUAUCAACUCAUGAUCCGUUAUGGAGAAGACAUUGCAAAAAAUACUGGCUGAUAUCAGAGGAAGAGAAAACACGGAAGCGUCAGUGCUGGAAAUCUCUCUUCAUAGACACUUACUGUGAUGUAGGAAGAUACAUUGAUCAUUAUGCUGCUAUUAAAAAGGCCUGGGAUGACCUCAAAAAGUACUUGGAGCCCCGCUGUCCUCGGAUGGUUAUGUCUCUGAAAGAGGGUGCUCGUGAGGAAGACCUUGAUGCAGUCGAAGCUCAGAUUGGUUGUAAGCUUCCUGAUGAUUAUCGGUGUUCAUACCGUAUCCACAAUGGGCAGAAGUUAGUCGUUCCUGGAUUGUUGGGAAGUAUGGCACUGUCAAAUCACUAUCGUUCUGAAGAUUUGUUAGAUGUUGAUACAGCUGCUGGGGGAUUUCAGCAGAGACAGGGACUAAAGUACUGUCUCCCUUUAACGUUUUGCAUACAUACUGGUUUGAGUCAGUAUAUAGCUGUGGAAGCUGCCGAAGGUCGAAACAAAAAUGAAGUUUUCUACCAAUGUCCAGACCAAAUGGCUCGGAAUCCAGCUGCUAUUGACAUGUUUAUCAUAGGUGCUACUUUCACUGACUGGUUUACCUCCUAUGUCAAUAACGUUGUAUCUGGCAGCUUCCCCAUCAUCAGAGACCAAAUUUUCAGAUAUAUUCAUGAUCCAGAGUGUGUAGCAACAACAGGGGAUAUUACAGUGUCAGUUUCCACGUCAUUUCUGCCAGAACUCAGCUCUAUACACCCACCUCACUAUUUCUUCACAUACCGAAUCAGGAUUGAAAUGUCAAAGGAUGCUCUUCCUGAGAAGGCUUGUCAGUUGGCUAGUCGCUAUUGGAGAAUAACAAAUGCUGAAGGAGAUGUAGAAGAAGUUCAAGGGCCUGGAGUAGUUGGUGAAUUUCCCAUCAUCAGCCCAGGUCGGGUAUAUGAAUAUACUAGUUGUACUACAUUCUCUACAACAUCAGGCUAUAUGGAAGGAUAUUAUAUCUUCCAUUUCCUGUACUUUAAAGACAAGAUCUUUAAUGUUGCCAUUCCCCGAUUCCACAUGGCAUGUCCAACAUUCAGGGUGUCUAUAGCUCGAUUGGAAAUGGGUCCUGAUGAAUAUGAAGAGAUGGAAGAAGAAGAAGAGGAGGAGGAAGAGGAGGAGGAGGAUUCCCCAGAAAUGGAAGAAACAGAGGAAGAGGAAGAGAGGCAAAGGAGGGUCUUUGAUGUUCCCAUUCGCAGGCGCCGUUGCUCCCGCCUGUUUUAGACUGCCUUCUGUUGACCAAAGCCCUAGGAUGUCCCUAGUCACUUAAAUAGAUUUCUCAAUAAUGUAAAUAGUGAAAAUUUGCUCGGCAUAUAGCAGGCAAAU